CCCGCCGCCAGGUGCGGUGCCGGUGCCGCCCGUGGGCUCAGGAAGUGCUGUCACGGCGUGUGUCGGGCGGGGAGGCUCCUGCUGACCGGGCUGGCCCGACCUUGCCGUCGGCGGGUGCCGAGCCGGGAUCGCCGCCAUGAGCAAGAUCUCCAAGUUCUUCAAGGGGGGCGGCUCGGCCGCCUCCAAGAGCCGCGGGGGUCCCUCGCCGCAGGAGGCGCUGGCCCGGCUGCGGGAGACGGAGGAGAUGCUGAGCAAGAAGCAGGAGUUCUUGGAGACGCGGAUCGAGCGGGAGCUGGCGAUAGCCCGGCAGCACGGCACCAAGAAUAAGCGAGCUGCCUUACAAGCACUGAAGAGAAAAAAGAGAUACGAGAAACAGUUGAGUCAAAUUGACGGAACACUUUCGACCAUUGAGUUCCAGAGAGAGGCAUUGGAAAAUUCCCACACCAACACAGAAGUGCUCAAGAAUAUGGGUUAUGCUGCAAAAGCCAUGAAAAAAGUACAUGAAAAUAUGGAUUUGAACAAAAUCGAUGAUUUGAUGCAAGAUAUCACUGAACAGCAAGAUGUUGCCCAGGAAAUUUCAGAUGCUAUUUCAAACCGAGCUGCCUUUGGUGAUGAGUUUGAUGAGGAUGAGUUGAUGGCAGAAUUAGAAGAACUGGAGCAAGAAGAAUUGAACAAGGGAAUGAGAGAUGUCAGGUUGCCAAGUGUUCCAUCCACAUCGCUGCCUUCUCGCCCUGCAUCGACCAGGAAGAGGGCAGAGGAUGAAGAUGAAAUGAAGAAGCUGGCUGCCUGGGCUUCAUAACAGCAUGGUCUUUUUAUAACACCAAACAUUAUAGUGCAGAUGGAUAGAGCUGUAAUGCUGUUUUAUAACCAUACUGAUAUAGUGUGGUUGCAUUUCAUACAGACUGGGUUUUUUAUGGCAAAUCUUGCUGAGCCUAGUGUUACUGUCAUAUUACAAAACUAGUGUAAAAAACAUCAAACAAAAAAAUGAAGUACUUGCCUAAAGCUUCAAGCAUAUUUUUUUCAGCCUCAUCAGGAGAUUUGGUUCAAUAUUAGUAUCAGAUUUUAUUAGGUACUAUCUUAACAUAUCUGUUGUUUUAUAAAACCUGUGUGCCUCACUUAUGCUCAAAGCUGCAUUCAUUUUUGAAAUGAGAAAGUUAAGUAAGUCAUCAGGGCGCUAUAACUAGAGGGUUAUUUGGUUCAGACUAUUUGAAUAUUAGCAAAACAGCUUAAUACAUGCCCUGACUUGCAAGUUCCUUUGAGCUUGAGAGCUAAUAMCCAGCUAUUCAUUUGGGCAUGAAGAUUCAAACAGUCUGCCUGGAGCAACUUAUGGUGUCCUAGAUAUUAAGAAGAAACUCUUCUGUAGGUUUUUUGAAGUGGGAUGAAUUAUUUAUUUUGUUUUAACUUUGACCAAAAUAUCCCAUGCACUAGUGUAGGUCAACUUGAAUUGUAUUUUGGACKAUUUCUGACUUGGUUACAGAAUUACAGUGAUUGAGGAAAGUGACAUGUCUAAGUUCUUAUAGAUCCCUGCCAAACAAUAGUGAUUUUCAUUAACCCGGUCAAAAGUCCAGAAGAGAUUUGACCUUCCUGUGUUCUUCUCCUCUACCUUGUCUUUCUAGAGUGAGUCUUUACUUUGUAUGAUAAUACCCAGCUUUGAAGGAAUUAGCAACACGUUUUUAAUUAUACAAUUUCAAAAUAGUUAUAAUUUUUGAGCAUUGGGUUCUUUUCUCUUACUCAGUUUCUGAGCAGGAACAAUACCAGUGUAAGUGCCUUUUUAACCCUGGUUAAAAGCUGAUUCUGGGUUACUUGUAAAGUCGGUGUGAUGCUGUCCAGCUGACAGCUUUUUAGCCCAAGGAACAAAUUCUGAGUUGCUACACUACUACAUAUAUGGAGAAAUCACUGUUCAAAUGCAAACCAAACAUCAAAUACACUGCUUAGUGCUAACUAAGUGCUGAACUCCAGUUUAUUUAAUAUGACUUAAGCUCUAUGCUAGUAGGCUGCUGUCAGUUGCAAGGAAAGAGUAAAACUGUGGAGUUCCUAGGGGUGUAGGAAGAAGAGUYCUUGAUCUAGGUUUCUGUUUUCAAAUGAAUUUAAAUUUAGUGAUGACUGAACAAUGUGGGGAAUACUAGGACAAUUGUUUUCUAUAGUUCUACAGCAACAGAAGACUGACUCCUUCUUCUGUGGGCUUUAGCCUAUGAUCUGCUGGGUGUUCAGCUUCAACAGCCUACAGUAGUCUUUGGUUUAGUGGAUUUUAGGUUAAGCAUAAGCAAAUAUGUGUUUCUAGACAUGGCAUGCUCAGAACCUUUCAGGUUGAGCYCCAUGGAUGAAAACCAAAAAUGUAUAUGCCCUGUGGAGAGAUAGACUUUUCCAGAAUUUMAUUCUCUGUGGAGGAAUUGCUUUUGAUUUGUGUCUGUAUGAGAGGUGAAUCAAGCCUUGCCACUUUACUUCAGAUAAUUUUCUUACUAAAAAGCUCUAAGUGUGUUAAUUCUGUCCUAAAAUUUGAAGGUACCAAGAAAAUUGUCCCUUUUUGUUGAGAGCAGAGAAAAUAUGGAAUUAAUUUUGUUUUAAAUACCAAAUAAAACAGAAAAAAAAGAGAAUYGCCUUAAAUUUAAAAAUACAUUUUGAACUCUCAAGGAGUAGGAAACCAAAUGCUAACAACAUGCUACUCUAUUUUAAUGCUUGUUGAAAUUCAAGAUGAGAUGCUAGAUGAAAGCAGGAAUAUUAAAAAAUAUAAAUACAGAAAAUAGCAAAUACUCUAUGUUAUUUUAAAUCUGUUUGCUAAUCCUUCUGUCUGGAAUCCUGUGUUCAAGGUGUGCAGUUUGUGCAGGUCUCUGAAUUGGGUACAGAAGGUAUUAGCACACACUGGUUGCGUGACCGUGCGAGGGUGGCAGUGUGCUUGUGGACCCUUCUGGUAUUUCUGUGUACGAGACCAUGCCAACACAGUCCCAUGGUUGGCUUGGAAAAGCUGGCUUCUAGCCUCUGUUCUUGGUCAAAUUAGUAGUUUAACAAUUCUUGGCUCUUAUGUARCACUUGGCAAAUCUGAAGUGCUCUACAACCUAAUAGGACUCUAAGCUUCCAUUUUGAAACUAAAGUGACUUUCAGCCUGCUUUGGAAAAUGUGGGCCUGCUGCUUUUGUGUAAGAACUUUUCAAGUGAACACCCCUCACAGGAGAGAAAAAAAUCCUAUAGAAGGUCUUCUUUGCAAACCAUCAUUUGACUGCUGAACUCCAGCUAUUUUUGGACAAGUGUUUAUCCUGGGAAGCUUCAGGUGUCUUCAGCUUAUUGAUCUCAGACCAAGCACUUUAUGAACAGAAUUUGUGAAAGGUAAAGAAAUGAAACUGGAUAUUUGGGUGCGCUGCUGUGAAAGUUUGUGUGUUAUGGCUGGUGAUCCUGAAGGAUAGACUCACAUACAAUUGUGGUUGGUGGAGUUGUACUCAAAAACACUAUUGUGAUGUACACAAACUAAAAUAUACCAUGGACCACCAUAACUGGAGUGCUUGUUGCCCUAAUUGUUUGGGGCACUGGUUUUCUUCAAAGAUAAAGGGGUUCUUGGUAUUGAAUUCAGCUGAGGGAGUGKCUCUUUCCUGUGUAAAUUCAGAUAUCUGGAACAAAUGGCUCUUUCUUUUUUGAACAUAUGUCUCUUUUCAUGCCAAGAUGGUAUUUGUUUAGUAUGUAAGCAGUUGAGAGUGAAUAGUGUCAACGUGUUACUGUAAAUGUACUCUAUUAACUGGAACAUAUUUUACAGGCAGCAGAUGGUGUACUAUAACUGACUGCUUUCUUGUUGCUUAUUUAUUCUGAGAUUGUUUUCUUCUCCUCCAGGCUUUUACCCUGGAUAACUUUAAAAAGGGGAAAAUAUAUUAAAAAAAAGUAAAAAUAAUUCAUAUAUGUAUAUAGAUACACACUGUAAAUAAAUACUUUAGUGUYAUGUUUGUGUUACA